UUUGAAAUCUGGCUUCGCGGAACCGGAAGUGUUCGCGAAGUGCACUUGGACAUCCAGAAUAGCACUCGGAGAAUCUAACACUAAACACUUCUAACAACCUAUCUAACACUUUUUAACAACCUUUUGGUCGAAUUAAAUGAUUAACGACUUUAGUACCGUUACUGGUUUGAACGUCGCUUCAUUUAGAGGUGGUCUGCUAUUAAACCGAACGACAGAGAGCCGGAGGUGAGCGAAACGUCGCUGAGAAUGUAUUUCAAAUCCUGAUCCACAGCCUCUUUAAAUCCGCACCUUCAGCUCCGGCUGAUUAUUAGACAGUCUAGAGACACUGUCAACACAUCACUGCACUCGCAAUGGACUGCAUAGCAUCGGUUUGUAGCCGUUGACACAUCUGGAGCUGUAACUGGUUCAGGGAAGAUGCAACAGGUCCCGUACGGAUCUGUGGAUCGAGACAAGCCUCUAAUCCGUGUGCCUUUCACGCAGUUAGCGGUGAUCACAGUGUGUCUGCCGCUGCUCGGCCUCAUCGCCUGCAUCGUGCUGGCUCUACUCUACCAUUACAAUGAUGCUACCUACACACACUGCCAGGUUCCUAACUACCUCCCGUCAAUCAGCGCAGCCAUCAGUCUGACACCGGAGCGCUACAUCUGGCGUUUCAGCAUCGGCCUGCAUUCUGCCCCACGCUUCCUGGUAGCAGCAGCCUAUUUCAGCUUUUACCGCGGACGCUUUACCAGCAGGCUGACGGAGCAGCUUUUGAGUGGCCUCACAUUCCUCUUAGCUUUAAGUGAAAAUGUAGGCCUGCUUCUGCUCACCUACGUCUCCUCCACCGAGACCUACAGUCUCCAUAAGAGCGGCUUCAUCGUGUUUAUUGGCAGUUCUCUGUUCCACAUGUUGUGCACCUGCAAGCUGUGGUCGAUGAUUGCGAACUAUUCCGUUAGUGCAGAGGAGAUGAUGUCAUACCGCCUGAAGCGCCGCCUCUUCCUCUUCAACUGUUGCUUCUGUCUGUUGGCUCUCUAUUUCUACAGGCGGCACAACAACUACUGUGAAGCAGGAAUUUACUCAUUCUUUGCUGGCUGUGAGUAUCUGGUGGUGCUGUCCAACAUGGCCUUCCACAUGACUGCCUACUUGGACUUUGGAGGUAAGGAGGUGAUGGUUGCAACACCUCCAGAGGGAAAGCGCUUCUGACACAGGAAGUGAAUACUUGCAUCAUCUCCUUGAAACUUGAGACACUAGGGCGAGACUGACUGAUCGAAGCAUGUACGACUGUUUACAUCUUCACAUGCAGUGUUUUAUUUAAUACAGGUGUUUGAUCAGAUCAUUGUCAGUGGUUUACUAUACUUUAAACGAUUACAUUUAUUUUAUUCAGGUGUAACUGGAAUGGCUGAUUAUGUCCUCAAAAACUUUUAGUCAUCUAUCCAAUAUUCAUACUGUCAUUAGUUCAAAUCUCCUCAUAAACCAAAAUGUGAAGUGGUAUGUCUGUCUCUUACUAAUUGGUUGUCAGGAUCAGUAUUGGCUUCGCUCGAAACAAUGUAAAGUUAAAAAUGCGUAUUGUUUAUGAAAUAUUUUCAAAUGUAAAAGUAAUUGAGCUUUGGAGAUUUUGAUGUCGUGUCAGUUGGUUUUUGCAGCUGCUGUUUCACAAGUGCCACAUCAAGCAUAUACACGCAGACUGGAGGACAUUCAGUUCAGUCACACCAUACGUUUCUCUCUUCCUUUGUAAGCGCUAGUGUAAAUCAUGUGAAAAGUCAUUGUAAACUGCCUUUUGCACAGCAUUUAGUGGCUUAAUAGCAUUGUGAACUUUGUACAUAUUUCUAUAGUGCAGUUAUUGGUCAUGAACAACAUGAGCCCUUAGUAAACAUAUCAAAUAUGAUGUUGCUAUUAGUUGAACGUGAAAACUGGUAAAGCACACUAUGACGUGUGACCCAUAUUUCAUAGAUCACCAGUGGUUGAGUUCAGCAUGAUGUUGUGAACAUGAUUUCAUAUAUAACAAUGCUUUUUAUGAUGUACCAAAAUACUGUUUUUAAAUCAGUGUCAAAUAAAUAUUUCCAUGAAAAGUAA